AUGGAGGCGGACAGGACGCAUCGAAAGGGUCAGGAGCCCAACAGGUUCACCCUGUUCGACGACCGGAACAGGAACCUGCCACCCAGCAGAUCACGGAAGCACGACCCGCUCAAGAGCAAGUACGCGCUGCUGAGGGACUACAAAGUCGUGGCCAAGCCGUUUGCCAGGCGGGUGGCAUCUGAGCCCAGCCAGCAGGAAGAUGGGGCGCAGGGCGGGGAGGGGGGUGGGCCGGGCCCGGCCAGAACGGGCUCGGUUGCGGCUGCGGUUGCCCCUCGUGCCUUGCCGAGGAGGAUCGCGUCCAGCAACACGCACCGGGACCGGAGGUAUGACUUCCACGAUGCGCUGGAGGAGGUGAACGUGGUGGAGGAACGGGAGGACGCGCGGGCCGCCCUGCGGGCGGGCUGCCCCAUGCACAAGGCUCUGGCGGUGCUGCAGUGCGAGGCCGAGGAGUCGGCUGAUGGCGUCUUCUACCCAUUAAUAUCUGUUCUUGCCGCAAAGCUGGGAUUUCAGUUGUGGGGAAAGUGCUGGCUGGGGAAGUGCACUGCACCCAGUGAACAGCAGAGCAAACAGCUAAUUUGGUGGCUGGAUUGGCUUUGCGAAGGGGUGAAGAAUGGCUGUGAGUUGUUUAUCUAUGUAUACUCAGAGGAUAAGGGCAGUCUCAACCAGAGUGGGAAAGGGAACAUCAAUCUGGUGAAAGAGCUCACUCGACGUAUUGAGGAAGUGCACAAAGCCGGGGAGAUUUCCUUGCACUUGCUCGUGGAUGGCGCCGAAGGGGCACACCUUCCAUGGCAUCUGCAGUACACCACAGGCCCAAAUGCACAAGUGGGCUGGAGGAAUGUGCACAAGUGUCCCCUUCGGUCAAACAGAAACAGGUCCACAAGCACCAUUGUGCAGAUUUGCACAAACCAUGCUCACAUCCCUGGGUUGGUGACCGGUAGGUGGAAUUGUGAGCGCCAACUCCACAAAGGACAGCUUAUUUUUUUACUGUUGUUGACAUUGCUACUGCUUUAA